CCCGCGCCCACCGCGAGGACUCGCCCCGCGCCAUGGCAGUGCUCGCGUGCCUCCUCCUCUGGGGCCUCCUGUCCCGAGCACCCGCCUUUGAGACCCCCCACAACGAGCUUCCCGACUUCGCAGAGUACGGGGAGCUGGAGGAGCUGGCCCCGGGCGGGUUCCGGUCUGUGGCGGAGAAGCAGAGACAGCAGAGAAGCAUUUCUGGGGAGCCUGGGGAGGCGGAGGAGGACGCUGACCCGCUCACGCUGUACAGCUACAAGGUGCAGUCCACCAUCACCUCCCGCGUGGCACACACGGUCGUCGAGGCCCGGCUGGUGAACAACGGCCCGCGGCCGCAGGACGCCGUGUUCGGGGUGCAGGUGCCCAGGGGCGCCUUCCUCUCCAACUUCUCCAUGACUGUGGACGGCGUGACCUUCACCAGUUCCGUCAAGGAGAAGACGGUGGCCCGCGCCCUCUCCUCACAGGCCAGGGCGAAAGGCAAAACUGCCGGCUUGGUGAGGAGCCGGGCGCUGGACAUGGAGCACUUCAACACAGAGGUGACCCUCGGGCCCGGGGCCAAGGUGCAGUUCGAGCUGCAGUACCAGGAAGUGAAGUGGAGGCGGCUGAGCAGCUACGAGCACCGGCUCCACCUGCAGCCCGGCCGCCUGGCCAAGCACAUGCAGGUGGACGUGUGGAUCAUCGAGCCGCAGGGCAUCCAGUUUCUCCACGUUCCUGACACGUUUGACGGGCAUUUCGUGGGGGUCCCGGUCAUCUCCAAGGGCCAGCAGAAGGCGCACGUGGCCUUCAGGCCCACCGUGGCCCAGCAGAGGAAGUGCCCGAGCUGCGCGGAGACGGCCGUGGACGGAGAGCUGGUGGUGGUGUACGACGUGAGCAGGGAGGCGAAGGCCGGCGAGCUGCAGGUCUUUAAUGGCUACUUUGUGCACUUUUUCGCCCCGGAGAACAUGGACCCCAUUCCCAAGAACAUCCUGUUUGUCAUCGACGUUAGUGGCUCCAUGUGGGGGAUCAAAAUGAAGCAAACGGUGGAGGCCAUGAAGACCAUCCUGGACGACCUGCGCGCCGAGGACCGCUUCUCCGUGGUCGACUUCAACCACAACAUCCGGACCUGGCGGGGCGACCUGGUCCCGGCCACCAAGACGCAGGUGGCGGACGCCAAGAAGUACAUUGAGAAGAUCCAGCCCAGCGGGGGCACGAACAUCAACGAGGCGCUGCUGCGGGCCAUCUUCAUCCUCAGCGAGGCCAGUAGCCUGGGGCUGCUGGAGCCCAGCUCCGUCUCGCUCAUCAUCCUGGUCUCGGACGGCGACCCCACCGUCGGCGAGCUCAAGCUGUCCAAGAUCCAGAGGAACGUGAAGCAGAGCAUCCCAGACAACGUCUCUCUGUUCAGCCUGGGGAUCGGGUUCGACGUGGACUAUGACUUCCUGAAGCGACUCUCCAACGAGAACCGCGGCAUUGCUCAGCGGAUCUAUGGGAACCAGGAGACGGCAUCACAGCUCAAGAAAUUCUACAACCAGGUCUCUACCCCCUUGCUCCGGAACGUCCAGUUCAACUACCCCCAGACGGCAGUGACGGACGUCACACAAAACAGCUUCCAUAACUAUUUCAGCGGCUCAGAGAUUGUAGUGGCAGGAAAAUUCGAUCGGAACAAAUUGGAGCAAAUCCAAAGCUUUGUCACUGCAACUUCGGCGAACACGGACUUGGUCCUGGAGACCCUGGGCCAGAUGGAGGACCUGGAGGACUUUCUCUCCAACGACAAGCAUGCAGACCCCGACUUCACCAAGAAGUUGUGGGCCUACCUGACCAUCAACCAGCUGCUGGCCGAGCGGAGCCUGGCGCCCACGGCCGCCGCCAAGAGGGCCAUCACCAGGCAGGCCCUGCAGAUGUCGCUGGAGCACCACAUCGUGACCCCGCUGACCGCCAUGGUGAUAGAGAGCGAGGCAGGGGACGAGCGCAUGCUGGCCGACUCCCCACCCCAGGACCCAUCCUGCUGCUCAGGUGCCCUGUACUAUGGCAGCAAAGUUGCCCCGGGCUCCAUCCCCUCCUGGGCCAGCCCAUCCCCCACGCCGAUGGUCCCAAUGCCCGUGAAAAGUGCUCCUGUGGUCGAGAUGACUCCUCCCCAUGUGAUGCGAGUGGAAAAUGACCCGCACUUCAUCAUUUACCUUCCAAAAAGCCAGAAGAACAUUUGUUUCAAUAUUGACUCAGAACCUGGCAAGAUCCUCAGCCUGGUGUCGGACCCAGAGUCAGGGAUUUCUGUCAACGGGCAGCUGGUUGGCGCCAAGAGGCGUGAGAGGGGGAAACUGAGCACCUACUUCGGGAAGCUGGGCUUCUACUUCCGGCAUGAAGACACGAGGCUGGAGGUCAGCACGGAGGCCAUCACCCUGACCCGGGGCCCGCGGACCAGUGCUCUGUCCUGGUCCGACACGGCACACGUCAGCUUCCAGAGGGUGCUGGUGGCCGUGAGGCGGGGGCGCAGCCUGACCGUCUCGCUGGGUGGGGACAUGUCCUUCUCCGUCCUGCUGCACCGCGUCUGGGAGAAGCACCCCACCAACGUCGACUUUCUGGGCAUCUACAUCCCCCCCACGGACAAGUUUUCACCCAAGGCGCACGGACUUCUGGGCCAGUUCAUGCGGGAGCCCGCCAUCCGGAUCUUCAAUGAGCGACCCGGGAAGGACCCGGCCAAGCCAGAGGCCAGCAUGGAGGUGAAGGGGCACAAGCUGAGUGUCACCAGGGGCUGGCAGAAGGACUACCGCACAGAUGUGGUGCUGGGCACGGACGUGCCCUGCUGGUUCGUGCACAACAGCGGCAAAGGCUUCAUCGACGGCCAGUACAAGGACUACUUCGUGCCUCGGCUCCACAGCUUCCUCCAGAGGCCCUGAAGGUCCAGCGCACACAGAUGUGACAGAUGCGCGCCCCCCACCCCAGCACAGACGCACACCACCACACCUAAGAACUAACGGGGCCAUGCAGGUUCCCCAGCUCCAGAAACGCACACACACACACACACACACACACACACACUCACACAUACAUAUACACACACAUGCACACACAUAUACACAUACACAUAAUAUACACAUGUAUACUCACAUAUAUACAUACCUAUACACUCACAUUUAUACACGUAUACUAACAUACACACAUAUACACUUAUACAUACUCACAUACAAAUAUAUACGUACAUACACAUACUUAUACAUUCUUAUCCAUAUACUCACAUACACACAUAUAUACAAUGCCCACAUACUCAACACACACACACACACCCCACACACCCCAAAUGUCCCAAUCCCCGCCCAAAUAAAUACUGACCUUAGUUGUGCUCUUACUCCAACCUCAAAAGUGGCGGCUGGCAAAGGUUACUUCUAAGAAUCUUGACUACGAAACAGUUGCCUUUAGGCACACAAGCUUACUCUGCGCCAGCAUUUUCAAUGCAGUUCUAAAAAUGAUGACCACGUUGGAGACAGGGUUACAGGCAAGAUUUGAAC